UGCGACACCAAACGCAGAAGAAUCCCGGCCAUCGAGAGACCAACAGCAUCUACAAUGGCGAGCGAAUACACGACGUGGAAGAUCGACGAGGAGGUGAAGAUCCGCAUGACGGAGUCUGGUGCUGGUGCGCGUCCCGCUAUGACGGCCUCGCAGGCGUUCCAGAACACGCUGGCCAAGUAUGGCUCAGCCAACGCACUUCACUUCAAGAAGGACGGCGAAUGGACGUCGUACUCUUUCCAGAACUACUACGACAAGUGCUGUCAGUUCGCCAAGUCACUGCUGCACGUGGGCCUUGAACGCUACCAGGGCGUGAGCAUCAUCGGCUUCAACUCGCCCGAAUGGGCCAUCGCCGACGUCGGCGCAAUCUUUGCUGGCGGUGUGGCCGCUGGUAUCUACACGACCAACAGUCCUAAGGCCUGCGAGUUUAUUGCCAAGCACUCGGACUCGGGAGUUGUCGUCUGUGACGGCAUGAAGCAGCUGGAGAAGUUCCUGGCCAUCGCAAAGGAUCUUCCCAAGCUGAAGGCUCUUGUGAUGUGGAACGACGUCGUCCCCGAGGGCACCCAGUCGCCUGUGCCUGUCUACUCGUUCGAGGACUUCAUGGAACUCGGCAAGGAUGUCAAGGACGAGACUCUGAAGGAGAUCAUGGACUCCCAGAAGCCCGGCAACUGCUGCACGCUCAUCUACACGUCCGGCACAACGGGCGACCCCAAGGCCGUUAUGAUCUCACACGACAACGUGGUCUGGACCAUUAUGAGUGUGGUGGGCAUGAUCAAGCGUAACUUCAACCACCAAAUGCACAACGGAGACCGUCUCGUCAGCUACCUGCCCAUGUCACAUGUUGCUGCUCAGCUGAUCGACAUUUGGCUGCCGAUUUGCGGUGGUCUGCAGAUCUACUUCGCCCAGCCUGAUGCUCUGAAGGGCUCUCUGGGUGUGACGCUCAAGGAAGUACGUCCCACGUUCUUCUUCGGUGUGCCCCGUGUGUGGGAGAAGAUUGCCGAGAAGAUGUGGUCGAUCGCGGCUCAGACGACGGGCAUCAAGAAGCGUAUUGCGGCUUGGGCGAAGGACAAGGCUGCUCAGAAGACGGCGCUGGCUCAGUAUGGCAACUCUGGAGGCGCUCCGUGCGGUUUUGGUGUGGCCAACGCUGUUGUGCUCAUGCGUGUGAAGGAGGCUCUGGGUCUGGACCAGUGCAUUGCCAGCUUCAGUGGUGCCGCGCCCAUUAGUAAGGAGGUUGUGGAGUACUUCGGCUCGCUGGACCUGCCCGUGUACGAGUUCUUUGGCCAGAGUGAGGCAUGUGGCCCGCAGACGUGCAGUAUGCAGGGCAAUUGGAAGAUCAGCACGUGUGGCCGCACCAUUGACGGAUCGGAGACUAAAGUACUGCCCAACACGGACGAACUUGUCUUUGGUGGUCGUAAUAUUAUGAUGGGCUACCUCAGGGGUGAGCAGCAGACCAAGGACACGAUUGACGAGGAUGGCUGGCUGCACUCUGGUGACUGCGGCAAGAUCGAUGAGGAUGGCUUCAUGACGAUUACUGGUCGUAUCAAGGAGCUUCUCAUCACUGCGGGUGGCGAGAACGUGCCUCCUGUCAUCAUUGAGGACACGAUCAAGGAGGAACUCCCGCUACUGUCGAAUGUUAUGGUGAUCGGUGACCGUCGCAAGUUCCUGUCGGCUCUGUUCACGUUGCGUGUGACGGUGGACAAGGAAGGCCAGCCGACGGACACGCUUGACGAGAAGGCGCUGCAUGUAAUGAAGGAGAUCGGCGGCUCGGCUACGACUGUCGCCGAGGCGCGUGCUGACGACAAGGUAAAGACGUACCUGGACGAAGGCCUGAAGCGCGCCAACGGCCGUGCGACUUCGCGCGCGCAGAAUGUUGCCAAGUACACUGUGCUGGACCACGACUUCUCCAUCAACGGCAACGAGCUGACGCCCACGCUCAAGUUGAAGCGCAAGGUCGUGUACGAGAAGAACGAGUCGAUUAUCGACAGUUUAUACGCGUAAGCGCUGCUCGUUCGACAAAUUCCACCACCGUAUCGAUAUGUCGGCAUCCAGCAAGAGCGUAUGCAGCGUGGCUCGCGGAAAUUAGCGACGGCUCAAGAACGACCGACUGACACGCGUUUGAUGUCGUACUGCGGCACUUAUCGACGCGUUGUAGCUGCAUAAUGACUUUCUUUUCUUCUAGGUAGCUCGCUUGUGCUCUCAAGACUUAAGUAAAGAAGGUGUAAGCUUCAAAAUUCUUUUGAGUGGCGUUACGAGGCAGCUUAAUCUCCCGGAAAAGUUCGAGUUUAUCGGGGCAAAGGUUUCGGUCGGUUUGGCUAUGCGCGCUUGCUCUUCUGGCGCAGCUUGAGCUGCUGCUCUUGCAGUUG